AUGGCUCAGAAGACAUCUCAGACAAUACCCAGCAAAGUGCACACCCGUGCAGAGGUUGCAAAGCAUAACACUGAGGACGACAUCUGGUGCAUCAUUGAUCACAAAGUCUACGACCUCUCAGACUUUCUCGACGCUCAUCCCGGUGGCAAUGUCGUUCUUCAACAGAUCGCUGGUCAGGACGCCACAAGUGCCUUCUACAACCUCCACCGUCACGAAGUGCUUCAGAAGUACACCAAUCUCUGCAUCGGCACGGUGGAAGGCGAGAAACCCGAAGUGAUAGAUCCCAAGCCAGGCGACCUCUCGAAAGUGCCUUAUGCGGAGCCGGUGUGGCUGACCCCCCAAUUCAAAUCUCCCUACUACAACAGUUCUCAUCGCGCCCUCCAAAAGGCCCUGCGAGAGUUCGUGGACCGGGACAUCUACCCCGAGGCCCAAGAAAAGGAACUCGACGGCACCUACAUCUCUCAAGAGCUCGUCGACAAGAUGGCCUCGAACGGCCUCCUCGCUAUGCGGCUCGGGCCUGGCAAGCACCUGCACGGCCGCAAACUGCUCGGUGACGUGAAGGGCGAGGAGUUUGACUAUUUCCACGACUUGAUCGUCGCACAGGAGCUCUCUCGCGGCCUGGCAAGAGGCUUCCAGGAUGGAAACAUGGCGGGCAUGAUGAUCUCACUGACCGCUGUGAGGCAGUGGGCCAAUGAUUCUGCGUUGAAGGAAAAAGUCACCGAGGAGUGCUUGAGCGGCAAGAAGUUCAUGUGUCUUGCCGUCACCGAGGCGUUUGCGGGCAGUGAUGUUGCCGGGAUCAGAACGACUGCCAAGAAGACCGAGGACGGCAAAUAUUACAUAAUCAACGGGACAAAGAAAUGGAUCACCAACGGCAUGUUUGCAGACUAUUUCGUUACCGGAUGUAGAACCGAGAAGGGAUUCAGUGUCAUCCUGAUCCCGCGGGACGACAACGUGGAAACCAAGCGCAUCAAGACAUCAUACUCGACGGCGGCCGCCACCACAUUCAUCCAAUUCGACAACGUCAAGGUGCCGGUGAACCACCUGCUGGGCAAAGAGGAUAACGGGUUCAUCGUCAUCAUGAGCAACUUCAACCACGAGCGCUGGGCCAUGGCGUGCUCGGUGAUCCGCUGGAUGCGCACCAUCACGGAGGAGUGUCUCAAGUGGACCAACCAGCGGAUCGUCUUCGGGAAGCCGCUAGUGUCGCAGCCGGUGAUCCGACAGAAACUGGCCAAGAUGAUCUCGCUCACCGAGGCGUGCCAGUCGUGGCUCGAGACCAUCACAUACCAGAUGAACCAGAUGGACUAUGCGCAGCAGUCGAAGCUGCUGGGUGGGCCGAUCGGGUUGCUGAAGUCGUACGCGACCCGGUGCGCGCACGACGUCGCCGACGACGCCGUCAACAUCUUUGGCGGGCGAGGUAUCACGCAGACGGGCAUGGGCCGCUUCGUCGAGCAGUUCCACCGCACGUACAAGUUCGACGCCAUCCUGGGCGGCGCCGAGGAGGUCCUGGCCGAUCUCGGCGUGAGGCAGGCCAUGAAGCAGAUGCCUAAGGCGAUGCUGUAG